AUGUAUCAAUCCACUUGCCAAUCGAUCAUUCAAUCCCACCCGUAUCACAACCUUACAGGUACUGAUUUAAAUUGUAUUUUGAUAAAUAUGAGGAUCCCUAUACCUUUAGAGGCAAAAAUUGAAAACAAAAUUGAAGAACUUAAACAAAGGGAUAUUAUAGAGCCGGUAGUUGGUUCUUCUAAAUGGGUGUCCCCUGUUGUGCCGGUGCUGAAAGAAAAUGGAGAAGAAAAAACCAAUAUCGCAGAUUCAUUGUCUAGACUAAGCAGAAGUGCGGAGAAAUCCCUGAUAAAACUAGAGGACAAUCACAUUUGCCAAAUUGUAGAGUUUGCCCGACCUCGUGCUGUUUCUCUUAAAGAAAUAAUAGAUAGCUCAAUGGACGAUAGGGAAAUACGGAAUGUGAAAGAGGGUUUAUAUCGGAACAUAUGGAACGAUGACGUGAAGUUGUAUAAAAUCUUUCAAAAUGAACUUUGUUUCCACGAGGGUAUAUUAUUGAGAGGAAUGAGAAUUUUAGUUCCCUCGGCACUCCGUAAAAGAGUUUUGGAUGCAGCUCACGAGGGACAUCCCGGUAUCGUGUCAAUGAAGGCAAGACUUCGCACGAAAGUCUGGUGGCCUAGAUGCGACAAAGAGGCCGAGAAUACGCUGAAAAUAAGACUGGAAAGAAAGUUUGCUGGAUUAUUUGACCAUGUACAACAGCACACCACAUUCUGUUACGGGAAGAACCCCAUCAGAACUUUUCUUCAAAAGGAAGUUAGAGAUAAAUUACCUAUGGUAAACGAUACAAUGGAGAGGACAGCACAAGACACAGAGGUUAAGGAUAGAGAUCAAGAAAGAAAGCAAAUAGGAAAAGAAAAGGGAGACAUGAACAAGGCUGGAAGGUGA